ACCUAGCCGAGUUUGUGUUCCUGGGCCUCUUUCUGGCAGAGAUGUCCAUGAAAAUGUAUGGCCUUGGUCCCCAGAACUACUUCCAUUCCUCAUUCAAUUGUUUUGAUUUUGGGGUAAUCAUCGGCAGUAUUUUUGAGGUGAUUUGGGCUGCCAUCAAACCUGGGGCCUCAUUUGGGAUCAGUGUCCUGCGGGCUCUGAGGCUGCUCAGAAUCUUCAAAGUCACCAAGUACUGGAACUCUCUGAGAAACCUGGUUGUAUCUCUCCUCAAUUCCAUGAAGUCUAUCAUCAGCCUGUUGUUCCUCCUCUUCCUCUUCAUCGUGGUCUUUGCUCUGCUGGGCAUGCAGCUGUUUGGUGGCCAGUUUAAUUUUGAAGACGAAACUCCAACAACCAACUUUGACACAUUUCCCGCAGCGAUUCUCACUGUCUUCCAGAUCCUUACUGGGGAGGACUGGAACGCAGUCAUGUACCAUGGCAUCGAAUCACAGGGAGGCGUCCAUGGGGGAAUGUUCUCGUCCAUUUAUUUCAUCGUUCUCACUCUCUUUGGAAACUACACCCUCCUCAACGUAUUCUUGGCCAUUGCUGUUGAUAACCUUGCAAACGCCCAGGAGCUCACUAAG